AUGGGGAGGAACCGGCUGCUGGAGAAGCACCCGCCCCCAGAGGCAGAGGCGUGGACGGGGCCCCAGUCUGAGGCUAGGAUCAGAUUCGCAGCUUUCGGUGUUCCGCCCCUGAUCCUCCCAAACCCGCUACGACAACGAACCGGUGGACUAAUACACCUGCACGCAGGACCGCUGAGCACCGGCGUCUUCGCGCCUUGGCGUGACACUGGCGGUCAGGAGAGGGGCAUGCGGGAGCAGGUGGCUGGCCGACUUCUCAGCAGCUCCGCGUCUCUGGAGGAGGCCCUUCGGAGCACCCGUGUGGGCUACUUGGAGCCAGGAGCCCAUCCCUCGGUGACGGCAGGCGUCCCCCCGUCUACUCACUGCACCCUAGGAGGGGGGCAUUGGACCCCCGACCACACGGACUGGAGAGAUGCGGCCACCCAAGGCCACACCCAGAUGUCAGAGACUCUGCGGCCGGCUUGUACCCCCUGCCGGACAGUGGACAAUGGGAGGGACGGCGGGUCCCAGCGUAUGGGCAGGGCACGGCAGAGGGUGUGGUCUGGGCUGCACCCCGGCUGGCAGGGCCGGCCUGGCAGGGUGGGCGGUGGCAAGGAGUGUUCUGGGUCCAGGAAAGGGCCAGCGCUUCCCAGAAGCAACAGUAUCUUGGACCGACCCAGGCUGCUGCGAGGAGCAACAGAGCUCUGGAGGCCCCACGGUGGGGCUGGACCCCCAGCCACCACCCCCCAGUCCUGCAGCCCUGCAACAGAGUUGCCCGAGGGGCCCGACCAGGCAGCUGAGGGAGCCACCAGGGAGACGACUAAUGCCUCAGGGCUCCUGGGAACAGCCUGCGGCCCCCUGGUGUCAGCAACCUGGCCACAGCCCGGCCCCCCGCCCGCCAUGCCCACCGUGCCCUCCGUGCCCGCCGGGCCACCGACGGACCCCAUGGGGAACAGCUCCCAGGGCACCUCCCGGCUCUUCCUCACCACCGCGUUGGCCCGCGGCGUCUCGGGGGUCUUCGUGUGGACUGCCCUGGUGCUCACCUGCCACCAGAUCUACCUGCACCUGCGCUCCUACACGGUCCCCAAUGAGCAGCGCUACAUCAUCCGUCUGCUCUUCAUUGUGCCCAUCUACGCCUUCGACUCCUGGCUCAGCCUCCUCCUCCUGGGGGGCCACCAGCACUACGUCUACUUCGACUCGGUGCGUGACUGCUAUGAAGCCUUUGUCAUCUACAGCUUCCUGAGCCUGUGUUUCCAGUACCUGGGGGGCGAGAGUGCCAUCAUGGCUGAGAUUCGGGGAAAGCCCAUCCGGUCCAGCUGCCUCUACGGCACCUGCUGCCUGCAGGGCAUGUCCUACUCCAUCGGCUUCCUGCGCUUCUGCAAGCAGGCCACACUGCAGUUCUGCAUCGUGAAGCCCAUCAUGGCCUUGGUCACCAUCGUCCUGCAGGCGUUCGGCAAAUACCAUGACGGGGACUUCAACAUCCACAGCGGCUACCUCUACAUCACCCUCAUCUACAACGUCUCCGUCAGCCUGGCCCUCUACGCCCUGUUCCUUUUCUACUUCGCCACCAGGGAGCUCCUGCAGCCCUUCGAGCCUGUCCUCAAGUUCUUCACCAUCAAGGCCGUCAUCUUCCUCUCUUUCUGGCAGGGGAUGCUGCUGGCCAUCCUGGAGAAGUGUGGGGUCAUCCCUGAGGUCCAGGUCAUCGAUGGGAGCAAGGUGGGGGCCGGCACGGUGGCCGCUGGCUACCAGAACUUCAUCAUCUGCAUCGAGAUGCUGUUUGCCUCCAUUGCCCUGCGCUAUGCUUUCACCUGCCAGGUGUAUGCAGAGAAGAAGGAGAACUCACCAGCCCCCGAGGCCCCCAUGCACAGUAUCUCCAGUGGCCUGAAGGAGACCAUGAGCCCACAGGACAUUGUGCAGGACGCGGUCCACAACUUCUCACCGGCCUACCAGCACUACACCCAGCAGGCCACACACGAGGCCCCGAGCCCCAGCCCCCACCCCAGUGUGGCAGGAGGCUCCAGUGGGGUCAGGAAGAGUCGGAACGUGGAAAAGCGGAUGCUGAUCCCCUUGGAGGAGCUGUAG